CCUAAUAAGCACAAACGAAUCCUUGCCAAAACCUCUCUUUUAUAUCUCACUCUGUUCCUCUCCAGCUUCAAACCCACACUUCUCCCAAUUCAAACCAAACCGCUUCCCACAAAUUUCUCACCUUCUCCCCCCUAGUCUUAUAUUUUACCCCAUUUCCCCCUACCCAUCAUGAGCAAUACGAUCAUGACGGCGAAGACCCGCCACGACACCUCUUUCUCCUUCUCCAGGCGCUACUUCAACUGGAAGAGGCAAUUCGUCGAACACCUUGAAGACAACACCGACCACGAGGAAAUCCUAGCUACCCACCACUCCUCCUCUCGCCACUACUCUUCCGACGACGAUCUCCACUCUUCAAUUCAAGACCCACAACAGCUCCCCCAACUCCCGAAGAAAAAACACAAUCUUUCCAGCAAGCUACGGUCGGCGCUCACGGUUUUCAGCAGGGGAGGAGGAAGUAAAAAUUGCGAUCGGAGCUCGAGGCUGGGAACCAAAGUAGUCGGGACCCUUUUCGGCUACCGGCGUGGCCACGUCCACUUCGCGUUCCAGGAGGACCCGAAGCAGAGGCCGGCGUUUCUCAUCGAGAUGGCGACGCCGACGAGCGUGCUGGUGAGGGAGAUGGCGUCUGGGCUUGUGAGGAUUGCGCUGGAGUGCGAGAAGAAGUCCUCGCCGACUUCGACGGAGAAGAAGAAGAAGAAGCAAGGGAUUAAGCUGCUGGAAGAAGGGGUGUGGAGGAGUUACUGUAAUGGGAAGAAGUGCGGGUACGCGUUGAGAAGGGAGUGUGGGGAGGAGGAAUGGAAGGUGCUGCAGGCGGUGGCGCCGAUCACUAUGGGCGCCGGAGUUUUGCCGGCGACGGCGACGGCGGGGGAGGUGGAAAAGGAAGAGGGCGGAGGGGAAGGGGAGCUGAUGUACAUGAGGGCGAGGUUUGAAAGAGUGGUGGGUUCGAAGGAUUCGGAAGCGUUCUACAUGAUGAAUCCUGAGGAUGGUUCUGGUGGCCCUGAGCUCAGUCUCUACUUGCUUAGGGCUUAGAUAAUCAUAUAUUCAUAAGCGUUGUUUGCUUUUUUUUCAAAAUUUCUCGCUGGUUUUUGCAGACGAAGAAGGUGAAGGUAAGGUUGUAACUUGUUCUUCCACUUCUGCUCUGCAUAUUUUGGUAUCUGCGUUAUUGUUAGUAUUGGUAUGAUUAUUUGUCGUCGUUGUAUCCUUGUAAGUUGUAUGUGGUUUGGACUUUAGACAAUGGUUCAUGGUUUGAUUAUGCUGUUCCCAGGAAAAGUUGUUUAACAGCUGAAACUGUAAGAUAAGAGUGGAUGGAGGUUGGCCUCGUUGGGUUAGAAGUCUCGGAGUCUAUGUAGAGU